AUGCUAUUGCUGUUUUCUCUUAUAUCCCUAGGCUUUGCUUCCAAAAUUUACUGCGACAAGUCCCAUUACUGUGAUUCCACAGAAUCCUGCUGUCCUCAAGCAAAUGGAAAAUAUGGCUGCUGCCCGUUCCCAACCGCUAUCUGUUGCAGCGAUCAACUCCACUGUUGCCCUUCAUCUCUCCCAAUCUGCAACGCAAACUCAGGCAAAUGUUCAGCAAACAACGGUUUUAACCUUCUCUGGGGCACCAAAGUAGACGCAAAGCUGAUUUUACCAUUUGAAUUUGACGGAAGAAAUGAAUGGAAUAGUUGCAUUAAUAUCCUCACCAGCUGUAGCCAAAAAUUCGAUAUUACAAGCUGGACUUUACAUAUGGUUGGGUGCAUUGGAGCUCAAAAUAACUAUUCAGAUGUCUGCAGGGCCAAAUAAUUAAAAUAUGAUGUCUCAGUGCUCCGCGGUAGGCUACGUCGAUUACCUUCGAGCACAUAUUUUAAUUAUAUCCGGCAAGGUUUUACCAAGCUGAAUAUGGGCAGCUAUACUAGGUAAGCAACUCCUGUGGUGUAAGGAGCCUAGCCCUUGUACCUCUGGGACAAAGGAGGCUUGCAGUUGGAAAAGGUGUUGCCCAGCAAAGUCCUCAGGAUCAUUCUGUCACUGCACUUCUGUGAAACCAGGAGUUACGGCUUGAGCUACAAAAUUUUAUUUUUGCUGACAGUCGGCCAGAAAAUCCAUUUUUUUGAUUUUCCGUGCAGGCAACCUCGUAUGGGAGAAGCUUGAAGCAAGACCCCGGGAAUCCAUAGUCCGCCCACUCAAGAUUGGAGCCAACCGCGAAGUGAUGACGAGGAGAUGGCUGUGAGGCAACUCUCCUUUCCGGCCGAGGUCCCGCAAAGCGGAUGAAUCUCCUGGUGGAUCCUUGGUAACCGAUUUAACAAAUUGGUUCCGACUAAACACAUAAUUAAGUAAGUAAGUCUGCAGAGCCAAAGAAAACUGUUUUGCCAUGCAGGAUGAUGGGAAAACAAUGGUUUGUGAAGAUAUGGACAUAAAAAUAGAAACUGGGAUGAUAAGGGAACAAGAUAGCAUUAAAGAGCAGCUGGUUAAUAAUGGACCUGCUAUGGGGAUUAAAAUUGGAGAGGUCAAAGCUUUUGCCAUUGUGGGGUGGAAGUCGGUGAAUGAGGAAAAUUAUUGGAUUGUUGUUGGAGAAGAUGGGAUUAAUUUGCUUGUGAAGUUUGAAGAACUUUUUAUAGCAGAUGGAGGAAGCCUCGUAAAAGCAUAA